CGUGCCCACGACAACGCUCUGAAGCAAAAACGCAGAUGUCCGUUUUUCCCCUCCACAAUUUAUCUGCGUUUAUCUGCGUUCUCACGAGCGUUUUGGGGGUGGAUAUCUGUCUAUCCAUGGGAACAGGGAAAACGUAUAAAACUCAUAAUACUCGCAGUUUGCCGAUGAAGUAAGCACGCCCCGGACGUAGGUGGCAGUAGCAACAAUACCAAAUGCCUGUUUUGUGGCUACUUCCUCCGCGUCAGUUAGAAGAAAAUGGCGAAGCGCGGCGGCAAUAACAGUACGCCUAGUUCAAACUUUGUUUGGACAGAUGAGGAGGUCCAGUUGCUGCUAAACACAACUUUAAACUACAAAGCCAGGAAGGCAGUGGAUAAUGUUGAUUGGGAGAGUGUCCAAAACAAAUAUACUGAAAUAUGGGAGUCGUUCAUGGAGAACUACCCACUAAACGACCCAAAGUACCCUCAUGCUAAGGACCAGGUUAGCAAAGGUCAUGUUGCAACCAAAAUUAAAGCCGUGCGCAUAAAAUAUAGGCAUGCUGUGGACACCCAGAGCCGUAGUGGGCACGGGAGGGUGGUGUCUUUGUUUUUCGAGCUAUGUGAUGAAAUUUGGGGUACCACCCCUGCCUCCACAACAGUAGAGCAUGGCCUCGAAACGGCAGACGUAAAUGAUGGGGCAGCAGAGCUGGGCGGUGUAGAACUAGCAGAAGCAGAAGAAUCGGUGCAGGAGGACAGCUCAUCUUCGGAGCCGGGCGGAGAAACUCUUUCGAGGAGGAGACACUUACUUCAGGCCAAACUCAACAGCUACAAGACAAGCAGGCUUCAGAAGAAAGUGCGGAGCGAUGAACACCAUGAAGCCCUCCAAAUUAAAAAGAGGAUUGCCGACAUCAUGGAGAAUUCGGAAAGGGAACACAGUUCCAGAAUGGAUGCAUUAGUGACUGCCCAAACCAGGAUGAGCCAGUCUUUUGAAACUCUUGUGAGACAUUUCACCUCACCCUCAUACAGACCAAACAUGGCUUUCUCACACAACGCGCCCACAUACCUACAGCCCAUGGCCUCCUCAAGCUACUUACCACCUGCCAUGCCCUCCUCCCACCAAUACAUACCACAAGAACCACACAUGCCCUCCUAUAACCCAUACAUGCCACCACCAGAACCAGCUAGAGCCUCAUGCCAGUCAGACACGGCACCACCAGCACCAUGUACACAGACACGAUACAUGGCCACCUCGCACACCUCACCUCACUCGCACACCUCACCUCACUCGCACACCUCACCCAUGGCCUCCUUAAGCACAUAUGUGCCCCCCUCCCACCCAUUCAUGACACCAGAAUCACCCAUGCCCUCCUCUCACCAAUACUUACCACAACCACCCAGGGCCGCCUCCUACACAGACCAGCUGCUUUCAGAAAGCACUGAUGAAGAAGACCAGGUUGAUCUUCUUUCAUUGUAAGUAGCCUAGCCGUGCUUACAUACUGUCAAAUGACUUGUUCAACGUUGUUGCCGUUGAUGCUACCUCAUGUGGCUAUGCAGGCCGAUUUUCGAGUGUACUUUAUAUUUCUAUUUUUGUACAGUGUUACUGUAUAUUUGGUUUAUGGCUGUCUUUGCAUGAUGUUCACAUGCACUUUGUCCUGAAUAUUUGACAUAAAAGGGUUUUUUAUGUUGCGUUGCACCUUAGUAAAACUGUCAUUUGCACUAUAUACAUUUUUUGGGGGAUUUAUGUUUUCUGUAUUUAUGUUUCAACAAGAUAAAAUACUUGAUUUCCCCCCUGAUUUGCAUGUGUUAUUGAGAAAAGUCUUACACACCUCAUUUUGACAGGUCACGAACAUCUACUGGACAAUCAGUUACCAACAGAAUGCUCCCCCUUGUUGUCCUCAUUUGUCAUCAUGUCUGCUAAUUCUAUGUAGUUACACAGAAAGUGUUACAACUGAAAUCAUAGGAGAUAUGACGUUUAAACAGUUGUCAUAUUGCAGAACCACUAAACAUAGUAAUCAUAAUCUUAGUAAAUUAAUGCAGGUUAUUUUGACAAAAAAGGG